GCGUGCAGUGGUGUGUACUGUCAUUCGGACCGACAUGGCUUCAUGGGCUGCUUCUCUGUCGUGAAGGUAGGAGCAGUUUGGGACUAAAUUACAACCCGCAUCGUAGAGAGCAGACUGCGUAGGUGGAUCUUGAUUGGCGAGCUUUGUGUAUCCUGACCUGCACAUGUAGUAGAUGAUCCAGACACGUAGCCUGAAGGCUGCACUGCAACAAUGCCAGAGUCCUCCCUGGUCAAGGACAUUCACAGCAGCUCCACUGAAUGUAGAGCAUCCCCCUUGAGGCAGUUUAGCCAAUCAUCGCUGCCACUGCACAGAAACUCCUACACACUCAGUACCUUCUGCACAGAGCACAAUGUACAAGAAUGUCUAUCACACAUCAAUCAGGAGAUGUCAUCCCUUGGUCUCCCACCAGUUUGGACGGAGUCAGCCAGCAACUCAGAGCUAAAUGUUGUGGUUGUGCUAAAUUGCAUGUAUGACCUCAUUCAGCUGCACCGCAGGGGCGUCCGAACCCUGGAAAACAUGGAAGUGGAGCAGCUUAAGUCAAGCAGCAAUGUGGACUACCUGCAGCUCACCAGCACCCGGCUAAAGGAGCAGCUUGAACUUUCCAAAAGAGAAAACACAGGACUCCUUGAGAGAGAACGACAGCUACAGCUGAAAGUGAAAAGUUUGCAGAACCUCCUGAAAAAUGAAAAAGAGGAGGUGCAGAAACUUCAGAAUAUAAUUGCAAGUCGGGCCAGUCAGUACAAUCAUGAGAUGAAAAGGAAAGAAAGAGAAUUCAACAAACUGAAAGAGCGUCUGAAUCAACUUCUGGUUGACAAAAAGGAGAAGAAACAAGCCAUUGAUGUAUUAAACAGCAUUGGAAGAGCUGAUGGGAAGAGAAGCCUUUGGAAAACUGAAAAAACAGAGGCAAAGCAUGAAGGGGAGAUGUAUAAGACUCUGUUGAGUGACUAUGACACCCGACAGAGGGAGCUGGUGCUGGAAAAUGCAGAGUUGAGGAAAGUGCUGCAGCAGAUGAAAAAAGAUAUGGUGUCCAUUUUAAGUUCAAGGAAACAGACUCUGAAAGGAGAUAAGCACGAAGAUUGCUGCAUUCAGGCCGACUCCGAGGAUGAGGAGGAGGUGUUUGAUUCCAGUACAGGAAGUGUAGACCUGUAUUGUGUUCAUGCUCGGGAGAAGCUGACCAACAGUAUUCGCCUCCAGUGGAGAAGACUCAAGAGCCAUGUAGAAAGACUGGACAGCCAAGCAUCUUUGGCACAAAUUGGUGAGAGUAGAAACUCUGAUGCUGUUCCACGAGAGACUCACGAGGAGGAGAUGCACAGACUAAAGUUGGAGAUUCAGCAGUGCAAAGACUUUAUUCAAACACAACAGCAGCUGCUGCAGCAGCAGCUCAGCUCUCCAUGUGAUGAGGAGACAGCGUCCCUGCUGAGCGACUGCUUCAUGUUGCAGGAGAAAGAGCGCCUCAGAGAGGAGUGGAAAACCCUUGAGGAACAGAGAAAGAUAUUUGAGAGGGAGAGGAGGAACUUUACAGAAGCAGCCAUAAGACUGAGCCAUGAGAGAAAGGCCUUCGAGGAGGAUCGCGCGAUGUGGCUCAAACACCAGUUUUUAAACUUGAGUCCAUUUGCAGACUCAAAGAAAUCUCAACUGUCAAAGUCUAAAAGUGCCUUUUUAAUACCAGCUGAAACACAGGCGGGUGCAGGGUCAGCUCCAGAAAAGCUCAUGAAAUGCCCGUCUGACACAACCUCCCCCACACACAGAUGUGUCCCACCAACAUCACCAUCCACAACCGACCUGUGUCGCACAUUUUGCCUUAUCUCCGAAAACAGCUCAACCAAACCAAAGACAAAGACUGAGCAUGCUGAGGAAUCAAGCGUCUUUUGUAAUGGAAAUGUUCCAGUUCAGCACAAACGGUGGAACAACAGUAAAGACCACAGCAGCCACACACUCACACGGGAAAAGAAUAGCUCUAUUUGAAGCCAAAAGCUAUUUUACCCUCUGAAAUCAGGACUUAUGUAAGUGUCCAUAAAUUAUUGCUGUUGUGUGGUAUUUCAGAACUAUAUCUAACUUGUGAACGUCAAACAACUUGAAGAUAGAUUGUAAAGCGAUUAAAUAGCUGUUAUCAGUCAAAGCCAAACAAGAGUUGUGGUUCGCUGCUCCUGCAGGUGCUGUGUUCUGUUUGACUGAGAAAAAAAUUUGUAAUCUAAAUGUUUCUCUUUUUUUUAGCUAAUUCUUUUAUUGUUAGAUUAUGUGAUAACUGUAUUUAUUUAUUUAUGUGGUAUAGUAAAUGUUGUUUUGGGAGUCAUAUAUCAAGUCUAGCAAAUAGCAAAAGAUGUUGAUUAGCAGUGUGCACUGGCCAGUACUGCAGCUUAAGUUGCCUAUAAGUUGGCGUUUAUAUUGCCAUAUAACUUUCAAAUUAUGUUAUCAUGUUAAAUGUUAAUUGUCACAGAGUUUGAGAAUGUAGAUUUAAUGCUGCUCUUUCACUGAAUGCAACAAGAAACUGGGUAAAAUAUGAAUUAUGUUUCACUAGGUUUAUAAUAGAAAUGUGGCUGAUUAACAACAUCACUUUCAUGUAAAUGUUGCAGUUACAUUAGUAGCAGGGGGUGUAUGAUGUUUCAUUUGAAAAGGAAGAAAGACCGUAAAAUGUAACACAAUCACAUAAUAUGUUGUAGACACUGAAGGCAGACAACUCCAAUGUCAGUAUGAAUGUAAAUUUCUUUCACAGUUUUUUAUGAAUGUGUUUAUCUUAGUGGCUUUAUAUUAACAGAUCAAAAUAAUUCUUACAACAGGAAUGUGUCAUGAUGUAUUCUAGACAAUCUUUUACUCUUGAAACAGUCAUUAUACAUUGUUGAAACACAAAACAUUUUGUGUGAUUUUAUCUUUAUUGACCUGUUUUGGAAACAAGCUACUGAUUAUCAACAGCAUGUCUCCUCCUGGUCCAACUAUCACAGUUGAUUCUGCGGAGGUAAACCAAAUGGUGAAGCAGCAAUUCAACAUAAAUGUCCAUUGAAGAGGUAAGUGCCCUAAUAAAUAACUUUAUCACUGUCUACUCUUGGCCUUGUAUGUUUAGGAGUUGAACUGUAUUGCAGUAUUGGCAAUAACACUAACACUGAUCAAUAUCACUAUUACUAUAAUGCACAGAUGUUUAUACUGGUCAUUUUUUGUAAUGUUAUGGGGCUCAUCAUUUGAGGUACAUUUUCUUUUUGUCAACAAUCAAGAGUUUGGAAAUGUUAAAAUGAAAUAAAGCCCAAUUUAGACCGUUUCAUCCACAUUUAUAGUCCUUAAUAAUGCAUAUGAGCAGUGGUGGAGGAAAUAUUCAGAUCCUUUACUUGAAGUACUAAUACAACACUGAAAUUACUCCACUACAAGUAAAGGUCAUUACAUUCAAAACCUCACUUAAGUGAAAGUAUGUAAGUGGUAUGAGCAAAAUGUGCCCAAAGUAUGAAAAGUGAAAGUUCUCAUUGUGCUGUAAAAUGGUCCUUAUCAAUGAUGUCUUUAUAUUAAUGUUACAUGCUGCAUUAAUGAGUAUGUUGAAUUUCAUGACUGUAGACAUUU